AUGAGGACUUUUUACCCAUCUGAAUCUUGUAAAGAAUCACAGCUCAAUUCGUUGAAUCCACAGUCAUGGCUUCAAGUUGAGAGAGGGAAGCUAUCUUCCUCUGCUUCUUCAUCUGCUCCACUGUGCAGAGAAUCGUUUAUCAAAGUUCCCGAGCCGCAGAUACUGCCGCAUUAUAAACCUCUUGACUAUGUAGAAGUUCUUGCUCAGAUUCAUGAAGAACUCGAGACUUGUCCUUUGCAGGAGAGAUCGACUCUGUAUUUACUGCAGUAUCAAGUGUUUAAAGGUCUUGGAGAGACCAAACUUAGACGGAGAAGCCUUCAAUCAGCUUGGCAAGAGGCUACAACUGUCCAUGAGAAAGUUGUGUUUGGGUCUUGGUUGAGGUAUGAGAAGCAAGGAGAGGAAGUUAUAGCCGAUUUGCUUUCUUCUUGCGGUAAAUAUCCCCAGAAGUUUGUUCCACUGGAUAUUGCAUCUUGUUUCCCACUUAUGCCCGCUUCUUCCCCUGAGGCAGCAUCUGUGAAGGUGAAGCGCUGCAUAUCGAAACAUGUUGUGUUUAGGAUAGGAGAAGAGAGAAUAGCUUGUGAUAGGAAGAAAAUCGCGAGUCUUUCGGCUCCAUUCCACGCUAUGCUCUAUGGGAAUUUCACGGAGUCGCUUCUCGAUGAGAUAGAUAUGUCAGAGAAUCAUGUAUCGUCGUUAGCUAUGUCUGUUGUGAGAGAUUUCAGUGUUGCGGGUGUUCUAACCGGAGUUUCCAAGAAUCUUCUGUUGGAAGUGUUAGUUUUCGCAAACAAGUUCUGCUGCGAGAGACUUAAAGAUGCUUGCGAUAGAGAACUGGCUUCUCUGAUAUCUUCCAUGGAAUGUGCCGUUGAGCUUAUGGACUUUGCACUCGAAGAGAGCUCUCCGAUCCUAGCUGCGUCGUGUUUGCAAGUUUUUCUGUAUGAGAUGCCUGAUAGUUUGACCGAUGAGCGUGUUGUAGAGGUUCUGACUCGGGUUAACAGAUCUCAAGUCUCAACCAUGGCAGGGAAAGCUUCAUUCUCCUUAUACUCUUGUUUAAGCGAAGUCUCGAUGCGUAUAGAUCCUCGGUCAGACAGAACAUUGGGUUUCUUGGAAAAAACAGUUGACUUUGCGGAAAACGAUCGGCAGAGAGUAUUGGGGUUUCAUCGGUUAGGUUGCAUGAGGCUGUUAAGGAAAGAGUACCGUGAGGCUGAAGAAGCUUUUGAAACCGCUUUUAACCUAGGCCAUGUGUAUUCAGCUACUGGUCUAGCAAGAAUAGGUUACAUCCAAGGCCAUCGGCUUUGGGCUUACGAGAAGCUAAGCUCUGUUAUCUCCUCUGUUUCGCCUCCUCUCGGAUGGAUGUAUCAAGAAAGGUCUUUAUACUGUGAAGGUGAUAAGAAAAUGGAGGAUCUUGGAAAAGCAACCGAGUUGGAUCCGACUCUUACGUAUCCUUACAUGUACCGAGCAGUCACUCUGAUGUCGAAGCAAAACGCUGAGGCUGCGCUCGAGGAAAUCAACCGGAUCUUGGGGUUUAAACUCGCGUUAGAAUGCUUGGAAAUCAGGUUUUGUCUCUAUCUCGGUAUGGAUGAUUACGAAGCGGCUCUUCGAGAUAUACAGGCUGCUCUUACUCUGUGCCCGGACUAUCGGAUGUUCGAUGGGAAAGUAGCGGCGAGGCAGCUGAGGACGCUUGUGUAUGAGCACGUCGAGAACUGGACAACCGCGGAUUGUUGGAUGCAGCUUUAUGAGAAAUGGUCGAAUGUUGAUGAUAUCGGCUCUCUUUCUGUGAUCUAUCAGAUGCUCGAAGCGGAUGCUUUUAAAGGUGUUCUUUACUUUAGACAAUCUUUGCUUCUCCUAAGGUUGAAUUGUCCUGAAGCAGCGAUGCGUAGCUUACAGUUAGCGCGAGAGCACGCGUCGAGUGACCACGAGCGUCUGGUUUAUGAAGGAUGGAUCUUAUAUGACACUGGUCACUGCGAAGAAGGGCUACAAAAGGCUAAGGAAUCCAUUAGAAUAAAGAGAUCAUUCGAAGCUUAUUUCCUCCAAGCUUAUGCUUUAGCAGAAUCUAGCCUCGACCCAUCGAGUUCUUCAACCGUUGUUUCGCUUCUUGAAGACGCUCUUAAGUGCCCCUCUGAUAGGUUGAGGAAAGGUCAGGCUCUGAACAAUCUCGGGAGCGUCUACGUAGAUUGCGAGAAGCUAGACUUAGCUGCGGAUUGUUACAUAAACGCUCUGAAAGUGAGGCACACACGCGCGCACCAAGGACUAGCUCGUGUCCAUUUCCUUAGAAACGACAAAGCUGCAGCUUAUGAAGAAAUGACCAGACUUAUCGAAAAGGCUCAGAACAACGCAUCUGCGUACGAGAAAAGAUCCGAGUAUUGUGACCGUGAACUCGCUAAAUCCGAUCUCGAAAUGGUCACCCGUUUAGACCCUCUCCGUGUUUAUCCUUACCGAUACCGCGCCGCAGUGUUGAUGGAUAGUCGGAAGGAGAAAGAGGCUAUCUCGGAGUUAUCACGAGCUAUCGCCUUUAAAGCGGAUCUUCAUCUUCUUCACUUACGAGCGGCGUUCCACGAGCACAUAGGGGAUGUCGGGAGUGCGUUGCGGGACUGUCGUGCGGCGCUCUCCGUCGACCCUAACCAUCAAGAGAUGCUCGAACUCCAUAGCCGUGUUAAUAGCCAUGAACCUUGA